ACUUUUCACGUAACUAUGUAUUCGAGAACUGAUCAGCUGAAGCCGGGAGAACUCACGGACUUGCGCUCGGCGCUCGUUAACAAUGUCACGUUCGCGUCCUACGUCGUCAAACUGGGACUGCACAAAUUCCUUUGCUCCCAACUGAACCCGAACUUGGAUAAGGCGAUAAUGAUGUUCGUCGAGCACCAGGAACAGAGAGACCACGAGAUCAUCGAGGACGUGCUGUAUCUCAUCGACGAGGAGGAUUGCCACAUCGCAGAAUACGUGGAAGUGCCUAAGGUGCUAAGUGACAUAUUCGAGUCGCUAAUGGGAGCGAUAUACCUAGACAGCGGCGGCGAUCUGUCCGCCGUGUGGGCGGUGGUGUAUCGCGUCAUGCACCGCGAGAUCGAAGCCUUCUCUACACGCAUCCCGCAGCAGCCCGUGCGGGUACUCUACGAGAGGAUACACGCGUGCACCUCGUUCGGAACCGCCAAGGUGGUAGAAUGUGGGACGCCGCGCGUAAUGGUCCCCGUGACGUUCACCAAGAACGGGCGCCCGCACACCGCGCACGGGUUCGGCGGGAACAAGUUCCAGGCCAAGCGCGCCGCCGCCAAGCUCGCGCUCAAGAUACUAGACUCCUAA